CAAUGGCGUGUGACAGUGAGAAAUCUGUACAAGGAAAUGCACGAUAGAGUGGCAGGGGAGAGAAUUAUAGCUAUUAGGGUUGGAGAGGCGUUUAUUAUUUUAUUCUGAACAACGUUCGCAGUUACCUGGGCGAAGCGCUACCAUGUCUUUUCCUUUCAGAAGGAGGUCGCGGAAUGAGUUUAAACACAUAGCCCAUGGCUUGAUCCCUGCUGCUACCGUAGCGCCUAGAUCUGCUGUUCCCCGUACUCCUCCCCCACGUAGUCCAAACCCUUCUCCAGAAAGGCCCCGGUCAGCACUUGCAGCUGCUAUUUUAAUGACCUCUUUAACCGGACGUACAGUUGCAAUACCACAGCCCCGUCAGAGAUCAUAUUCUGAAAAUGACAGCACAUAUAUUGAAGAAAGUAGCACAAUUGAUCCAUAUGCUACUGCAAGAGAUCUGGGAUUAGAGCAAAACUGGAAGGAGUAUGGUGCUAGGCAAAAUAUUGUUUCCCCUGUUAUGUCCUCUGAUUUUGAUGAUGAAGGCACAGAUGAAGAGAUGUCAGACAUAGAGAGAGAACAUGCUGUUAAUAUUUCAGAGAAGAAAGUGGAAAUGUUAUCACAUGAGCCAAUAUAUUCCUUGCCAAUAAAAAAUAAAAAGGAAAGUAUCCUGCCUCUAAUUGCGAACGAGUUGUCAUCUCAGCGGGCUGACUUAUUGAAUUCUCCGGCCUUGAGUGGCCCUGAAGAGCAGGAAGAAGAAUCAAUCAAUGGCAUUGGGGACCCUUCGGCAUCACCAUCUCCUCCUCCUCCAACCAAGCAGAUAAGCAAAAGACCUCUUGGACAAAAUCAAAAAGCAGAAAUUGAGAAAAAGCCAAAUAAAGAAACAAUUGAACCAGAUGGCGGCCAUAUAUUAAUUAAAGGUCCAGCUAUUCCAAGUGUGUGUGAAGCGGAACAGCUAAGGGCAAGAAAUCUGUAUCUCUCUGAUGAAAACCAGGCACUAUCUGAUAAACUUCAGGAACUGAAACAGCAAAUAAAAGCCAUGAGAAUUAAGCUUAAAGAAGUGAAAAAUGAAAAAAGAGAUCUUUCCCAGUCUAUGAAAAAACAGCAGACGGAGGCUGAUGCAGCAGAACUGGCAUCUCUAAGAGAACAGGCACAAGAAUUAGUUGAUGAAAAUGAUGCACUAAAAACUACAGUCUACCGGCUAAAUGUGGAACUGAGUCGUUAUCAAACUAAGUUUCGGCCUCUGUUAAAGGAAGAGAAAGUAAAGCUAGGCAGUUUGCCUCAAAAGGGACCUCCACCUCCCUGGCUGCUGGAUAUGAAAUAUUUAUCACCGCUGUUGCUUGCAUAUGAAGACAGAAUGAGGGAAAAAGAUGAUUUAAUCAUUUCAUUUGAGGAAGAAGUUAAAAAUUUCAAAACACGAGUUAAAAAGGUUGUUGAAGAGAAUAAGCAGUUACACAGAGAACUACAAGGGAACAGAGCCAUAUCUAAUCCUGAAUGGCAGCUAAUACAAGCACAAGCCAGGCUAGUACUGGAAGAAAACCAGACCUUGAUGGAACAACUACAGCUAGAACAAUCAAAAGCAAAGGAAACUGAGAGAAACCACCUGAUGGAAAUUUCUAGAUUAACAAAACAGAUGACGGUUUUAGAAGGCAAAAACAAGAAUCAAGAGGAAGACCUACUAGAGCUUCAGAAACAGCAGGAAGUUUCACGCUCCAAGUAUGAUGAGCUAAGAACAAACAUGGAAGGCAGAAUAGCUGCAGAAGAGCAUGUUGCUAUGGUGAAUGAAUUAAAAAGUCAGAUGCAGCACAAACAAGAUACAAGUAAAAUUGAAGAAAAGGAUCUAAUGGACAAGAUAGCCACGUUGCAAUUACAAAAGAAGAGUCUUCUUUUGGAGAGAAACGACCUAUUGGCUGAUAACAAGAUUCUUGAUGCUGAAGUAGAAACAGUGAAAAAAUCGAAUAGAAAACUACAGAGAAAACUAGGCCAGUUGAAGCAACAGCUGGAAGAUGCAUUGGAGAAAGAGGUUGCAGCCCAUCAGUAUUUAGCCAACAUUAUUACACUUGCAGAAAAUAUUUCCUUGGAACGGGAUGAACUGAUGCAAGUGGCUAAAAGCUUAAAAUCUGAAAAACAAAGUUUCUUUAAUAAGAUGUUGGAAGGAAAUGUACGUUUAGGAAAGCUCGAAGAAUUAGUGAAGGUGUACAAGAAGAAGGCUGCUGGAAAACUGCAAGACAUCAGCCACAGACUGUCAGAGCAGGAGGAAGACUUUGCAGGGAAAGCAGUCCAGUAUCAGCGUGAAAUGAGGCACCUCCAGCGGCUGCUGCAAGAUAGACAGGAAACCCUUGAUGAAGUGUUGCAGCAGAAAAGGCAAGUGGAAGGUGAACUUGAAGUCAUCUGGGAAUCGACCUCCAAUGAAAAUAAACAGAUGAAGGAGCUUUUACAUAAUGCUCUCAUGCACAACAAGUGGAAUACCAGCGAGACUUCACAAGUCUUCCAACACAGUCCUGUCAAUGAAUUUGGCUUUGCUUACUGUGAUGUCAAUGCCUCUCCUCGUGAGGAUGAUCCUAUAAAGUAGAGUUAAAGGCAAAAAUAUCUGUUCUGCAUAUGUUAGUAUCUCUCUUACAGGACACAGAUUUCUACUUGCACAGGCCAUACAUACACUUGCAUAUAUUAAUUUAUACAGGUUAAGUAGUUUUGUUCACUAUUAAACAUUCAAUUAUUUUCAAAUUAUAAAGCAGGAGUGCAGUAAGGGUGUGAUCACAUAAUUCCUCUUCAUUUACCCAUAUAGAUGUACUGUAUUAAUAGUAGGAAUGCACCAAAUCGACUUUUUUCGGAUUCAACCAAAGCCUGAAUCUUUUCACGACAAAACACAUUUUGCCCAUUUUAAGGCUUCGAUUUGGCCAAACACUUGAGAAGGACAGCAGACAAAAUCCAGGCAAUUAGUGCAAAAGCCCUGCUUGUGAAACAGUGAUUGUCCACUCAUAUACUCUAAUGUAUUCAAGAUGGCCAACUACAUAAGUCCACUCUCUCCAGCCCUAUACUCAAAUUAUUUUUUCUUUAAUAAAGAAAGCUUGACCAAAAUAGAAAA